AUGACGAGCGGAGGCGAAGCUAGGGUUUUGCACACGGGAGAUCAGGAUGCUACGAUGGAGGAGGUAGGGGGAAGAAGUCAGCCUCCUGGUGAUCCCCCGGAUGCUCCGGGCUUGUGGGUUCAGAAAGUGAGGGGGAGUAUCGGUGGUGGUAUGCCAAGACCGGAAGAGGUUGUGACUCAUGAGUUUGUGAAACCGAGGUUUAAGAUUGAGUUUCCGAAUGUUCCAGUCGCGGUGCUUAGCCGUCGGUUAAAGGAGAUGUGGAAGCCUAGUCGUGACAUGGUGGUUGUGGAUUUACCUAGGCAGUUCUUCAUGGUUCGUUUUGAGUCAGAAGAUGAGUAUAUGGCUGCUUUAACUGGAGGUCCUUGGAGAGUGUUUGGUAGCUACUUGAUGGUCCAAGCAUGGUCACCGGAUUUUGACCCGAUUCGGGAUGAGAUUGAAACGACUCCGGUGUGGGUGCGGCUUUCAAAUCUACCAGUGUCGUUUUAUCAUACAACAAUCUUAAUGGGAAUAGCAGAGGGUUUAGGGAAACCGAUUAAGGUGGAUAUUACAACCAUGAACUUAACUAGGGCUCGUUUUGCUCGUGUUUGUGUUGAGGUGAAUUUGAAGAUGCCGCUAAAGGGUACGGUGAUGAUAAACGAGGAGAGGUACUAUGUCUCAUAUGAGGGUCUCUCAACUAUUUGUUCUGGGUGUGGUUUGUACGGUCAUUUGGUUCAUUCUUGCCCACAAGCUGCAAAGGAGAGACCGCCAGAGCAAGUGAGUCAAAGGGAUCACCCUCGGAAUACGGACGUUGUAACUCAUCAGUCUACUCAAGUAGGGAAUCAGAAUGGGAGCAGUCAGACGGUAGAUGGUUUUCAACCGGUUAGGAGAGGCGGAAGACGGCCGGAAACAACCAGGGAAGGUUCUAACUUUUUGGGAAACCGAGAAACUGUUCAGAAGCGACAGAAUAUUCGGGAAGUUCAGAGAAGGAAAGAGAAUCCGGACGUUCCGGUGAAGAAUAGUUUUGGAAGGUUAGUGGAUGAUUUGGAAGAUUCGGAAGUUAUGGAAAAAUCUCGUUCAGUGGAGGAGAAUAAGGAGAAUAGAUAUAUGAUGAAUCAAGUGGAAAAAGAGAAGAGUGCUCCGCAAGGAAUGUUAGUUGUCUUCGGAUCACAAAGGGGUAAUAAGUUGGGCCGAGGAGAUUUGAAUAAUGUGCAAAAAAAGGCCCAUGAAAAAUUGAGGAUGAAGCAGGCCACUAAGACAGUUACUUCACGGGGUUUAGUGUUUGGCCCAAUAAGGGGUGAGGCUGAGUUCUCGUCGUCAGGGAAACGACUCAGACUUGAGCAAGACUCACCACCGGAAGUUACCGAUUCUGGAAAUCUCCAUAGUCCGAACGAGGUUGUAGAGUUCAUUAUCCAAGAACAGGGGAGGGAGUCUAAUCUUCCGUUGGUGAGGAUGCCUUCCACGGCGGAGGUUGGAGCGACCAGAGAUAUUAUGUUUGAAACGCAUGCUGGUGGAGAUAAGGCGAGACAGAUUUGCUACGGUUUGGGUUUUGAGAAUUCUUUCCGUGUUGAUGCUGUGGGUCAAAGUGGUGGUAUCUGGUUAUUGUGGCGGACUGGAAUAGGUGAUGUAGAUAUUGUCUCUUCUUCCGAUCAAUUCAUCUAUGCGACAGUUACUCAAGGGGGAGUUUUAUUCAAUAUUGUUGUUGUCUACGCUGCUCCAACAGUUUCUAGACGGAGUGGGCUUUGGGCCCAGUUACGAGAUCUGCUAAGCGGGGUUUUGGGUCCAUUAGUAAUUGGCGGGGACUUUAAUACGAUUGUUCGUAUUCAUAAGAACAGGAGGGAAUGGGUGUCUUUCUCAAGAUUCUUUGGCAUUUGGGGAUUGGAUUAG